AUUUCCAUUAAACCUAAAAUCAACGUUUCGAAGAUUUGUCCGUUCUCUUCGUAAAUAGAUUGUUCUAUUUAAACAACGGAACGAUAGCAGCAUUUUAUCAGGAUGUCUUAUAUGUUGGCACAUUUACACAAUGGAUGGCAGGUGGAUCAGGCCAUUCUAUCAGAAGAGGACCGCGUUGUCGUAAUACGUUUUGGCCACGAUUGGGAUCCUACGUGCAUGAAAAUGGAUGAGGUACUGUAUAGUAUAGCGGAAAAGGUGAAGAAUUUUGCCGUUAUCUAUCUGGUGGAUAUAACUGCUGUUCCUGAUUUCAACAAGAUGUACGAAUUGUACGAUCCUUGCACGGUGAUGUUCUUUUUCCGUAAUAAGCACAUUAUGAUCGACUUGGGCACUGGUAAUAACAACAAAAUCAAUUGGCCAUUGGAGGAUAAACAGGAAAUGAUUGAUAUCAUUGAAACGGUAUACCGAGGAGCACGUAAGGGACGAGGUCUGGUGGUAUCGCCAAAGGAUUAUUCGACAAAAUAUAGAUAUUAGGCUGUACUCAAUUUCGUAUUAGAAUAUUUUAGUUAUUUAAGAAUAAAUGUAGAAUCCAUCAGUUCUUUGUAAAUUAUAGAAAAUGAAGUUUAUAUCCUCACACUUUUUUUAGGCAACUGCUUUAAGAAGGGACUCACACUUGGAAAAUCGAAAAAAACUAAAGUUUUAUUUUUACAUUUUUGGCCAAAAUGACGUUAGUUUGCCCAGUCGAAAAUAUGAUCAUGGUUUCUCCACUUUUUCGAAUGUUCUAGUUCAGCGCACCUGUGUCAAAACAGGUAUUCAAAUGAUCCGACAUAUAGAAAUAAAAUUGUCUUUUUCAUGA